UCAACGAAUCUUUGGUCACUUUUUCGUCUUUCGGAUCAGUAUUCAAAAUUAUUUGCAGAUCAAAAAUACCAAAAUGAAGUUCUCUGCCGUUAUUCUCGCUGCCGUCUUUGGCACAGCUCUCGCUGGAAAGCCCCAACUGUCGAUCUCGGUCCGUGACGGAAGCUUUGCCGGCCUCGACGGACUAGACCCUACCCUCUCAUGGGAGCACUCCCAAAAAGCCGGAGACCUAGAUAUCUCCUACGGUGUCGCCGCCUCGGCUCGUCCGACUUCCGAUUUGGCGAGCCUGCCCCGUUCCAUCUGGGGCAUGGCCACGGGGGAUAUUUCCGGAUGGGGCGUCUCCGCCCGUGCCGAAAUCGACGCCCAAGACAUGAGCAGUGCCGACCUCCAGAUUGACGCCAACAAUGCGGAUGUCGACGUCGCGGCACGCCUCACCGCCAGUGCCGGCGGUGCCUUUAGCGUGCGUUCGGCCGAAAUUACCAAGGGAUUCGACGCCAAUGGCGCUCGUGUUACGGUCACACCCCGUAUGAACCUCGAAGAGAACGACCGCGACGUCGUCAUCAACUACAGCAACGACAACACCAACGUCAAGCUCACCGCUUCCGCCGACAAUCAGGAAGUCACGAUCUCACAACAAGUGGACGGCGACAACCGCAUCGCCCCGACCAUCAACAACCAGGGGGAUAUUUCGGUCGAAUGGGAACGUCGUUUAUCCGACGACAGCAGCUUGACGGCGACUCUCAUGCCCAACGACAACCUAAAUGUCGAAUGGCGUGAUGCGGCCUGGACGGCGAACGUCAACAUGCCCAUUGACGGUACCAACAUCAACGGGGCUAACGUCAGCAUCAAGCGCGACUUAAAGCCGCUGUUUAGCCCACCGUCUGGGCAUCAGCCGUCUACCAGGCCUUUACGGCAUGCGCAUGAUAUCCACGCAACCAUGGACACCACGCGGCCAUUGUUUGUCGACACACGAAGAACAUCCAAGAUCCGCGAACCGUAUCCGUCGGAUCGGAUAUUCCAGGAGCAUCCAGGCAGGCUUUCAUCGGAAUACCGUACCCCGCGUGGUGUUUCUUGGAAGAACGAUCCAUUCACCAUGAGAACUUUAGUGCUGGUGUGCUGGUGCGGUUGGAUUGGUCAGGCAUGGGCGGCAGGGGUAGCCCCCGUCCUCGGAGUCGGCAUCAAUAGUGAUGCGUUUCGGAAGGGUGGUAGUGGGGCCCUCGGUGCAUUGGAACCGACGCUGCAAUGGCAUUCCACCGGAAAAGGCGGAGCGUAUUUGCAGGUCCAGGAUACCGAGCUUUCCGCAAUUCCUUACAGUUUCUGGGCCAAAGUCAAGCGGAACGUUUCCGGCUGGGCUUUGUCGGCCCGCGCCGACGCCGAUUCGGCCGACCUGACGGCGUUGGCUGUCAACCUGCAGGCCAAAUCACCGACGACGUCGAUUCAAGUACGCGGGACGGCCGACACGGACGAUAUCACCAUUGGGCUGGAUAGCAUCAAGGUGUCGCAGAAGAUAACGGGUGUGGCCGGCACGGACCUUACCGUGACGCCCAGCUACAAUCUGCGAUCGAAGCGAGGCAACGUGCAGGUGAAUCUGGCUCUCCGGGAUACGGCGUUGCUGAUCGACGCGCAACGGCAGAAAAUAACCGUCGCCCAGAAGGUGGGACCGGGUCAGUACUUGGCUCCGUCCGUCGCAGCGAAUGGUGAUUUUGAACUGGAAUACCGGCAGGCGGUGGGUCGUGGAGCCGUGACGGGCACCUACAAACCAAACGCGUACGUUAACGUGUACUGGGAAGACGGUCCCUGGCAAGCGAGUGUGAAAAUGCCCAUGGAAGGGUUGUACCAAAUUCAAUCCAGACCCAAAUUCAAUCUCCGUCGAACACUCGAUAUGGACGAAUUAAAAACCCAUCUAAGUGGAAAUGUUGUUGGCAUGCGAGAUGAUGGGGCUGGGCUGGGCUGGCAGGCAAUGACAGUGAAGAGGAUUCGGGUCGAGUCGUUGAUAGCCGAGCAUGACACGGUCGGAGUGUACUGUGGGGGCAUCGACGAAUGGGAUGCUUCUAUCGUUGGGAAAAUACACGUAGACACCUCCAGUAGCUCGGGAGUGUACAAACACAUCUUUGCCGGAAGCCUCCAUUUGGGGGAGUGGAUUAAACUGGCACCCGACACACUUUCACCGACACACUCUGUCACCGAGACCACCAAAGUGCCGGACUUCGGUUUCACCGUCGAGAAAGACGCGGCAGUUCGCCAAGAUCCGAACCGGCGAGAGUCUUCCGAACCCUUUUUGGCUACGCAACUUGAUACUACUACUACUACAAACAAGACAGUACUACACUACUCCGGAAUGAAGUUUUCCACACGCGUGCGCGGAGUCCCCACAACCGUCGCCGUCUACACCAUGCUGUCUCUAUCCCGUUCUACCGCUUUCGUAGCCCGCCGGAUUGCCUUCCAAGGCUCCUCCACCCGAGCAGUUUCCACGACGUCUCCCUUGUGCGCGGCGAAGGAAGGACAAGCCGAAGUCGUCCUCGUCGGGUGUGGAGCACCCAAUCGUGGGAUGGGUUGGUACCAUGCCGUCCAAAUGUUGGAAAAGAAAUGUCCGUCAGCGUCGCUCGAUUACGUCGUCGAGCCCUGGUUCAUGGGUGCCGGUGGCGAUUCCGAUGCCGGGAAGGAGUUCCAGGAAUGGGCGGACGACGCCGAACAAAAGCACGGCGUCAAGUUUGCCGUUUCCCUCGACGACCUCCCGCCUCCGCAAGCCCCGCGACUCGCUCUCAUUAGCGGACGGACGGCCGACAAUCCGCGACUCUUGACCGAAUCGAUUGCCAAGGGAGCCACCUGCGUGUAUCUGGAAAAACCCGGAGCCCCGACCGUGACCGAGCUUCAACAGAUGCAGAAGGAAGCCGAAGACGCCAACGUGGAAGUCCUCAUGGGCUACAACAAGAACGUUUGCAAGUACGUGCGGAAAACACGCGAAUUCGCCGCGAAACAUCCCGGAUCGCACGUUACCUUUGUCUCCAACAAUGCCUACGAGAACACCCCGGAAUCACUCGGUGAGUGCUUCGAACGCAACGCCGAAGGCAUGUUGAAGAACAUGGCCAUUCACGAACUCGCCCUAUUGGUAUCCUUCUACGACGUCUCGGUCGAAAACAUUGCCGAAGUCACGGCCGAUAAGGAAUUCUCCUCCAUGCAAACGCUACCCGGUCCCAGCGGGAAGGACUACACCGAUUUUGACAAGAUCAAGUUCACCAUCAAGACCAAGAACGGCAACGAAGUCAGUGUCCAGGCCGAUCGUUGCGGAGGUACCGAUUCGUUCGCCACCGUCACCGAUAAGGACGGCAGUGAAGUCUUCCGGUAUUACAUGCCCGAUGAAGAAGACAGGGCCAUGGUCCAGGAACUGCAAACCAAGUACCCCACCGCCAUGCCCUACUUCUUCACACAGGACCCGGACUACAUUACCGUCAAGGAGCGUGUCGCACACCAUACCGUCACCGGAGAAGAAGCCGAAGGGGUCGCCACCAUUGGUGUGGCCGUGGAAACGCUCCGUGUUGCCGAGUUCUUGACGCCCAAGCUCCAAGAGCAGCUCAAGUAAAGCCAGUAAACACGGCCCCCAAAUAAAUAGUUAGAAAAAGGUUCAAAAUAGGG